CUCAAUCGAAUUAUAGCAUCAACAACUCCAUCAUUCUCAUUUUAGACGGCGGCUCGUACAUAGAUUGCCUGUCUAUUCAGUUAUAGUCUUCUGGUUGAUGAUUUGUUACCUAACAUUCCAUCGAUACCCUCACUUGAUUCAGCUUUCUUCCAGCAGAUAGAGCCAGACUCGCUGUCAGCGCCAAACGGCACGCACUUUCUCAUCUCACUCCCAUUCUCACCACUCCCACUCUAACCCCCAAACUCGUACACCGACACCUCGCUCACAAUGGGCAUCCCAUCUCAGUUCAAGUCCGUCUUCGAAGCCAAGGCAGGCGAAGAGCGCAUACAAGCCUGGCUCAACCUAGACAAGGACGACGCGGGCAACUUCAAAUUCGGUAACUGGAUGGGCGCCCUCAUCCCCUCCAUUGCCCUCCUCUCAACCUCCCUCACACCAACCCCGCGCGCCACCUUUGCCUUCACCGUCCUCCCAGAGCACUGCAACCGCGCCGGCAACCUCCAUGGCGGCGCUGCCGCCACCCUCUUCGACUCCCUCACCACCAUGCCCCUGGCCCUCGUCAACGACAAGCCGGGCUACUGGCAGUUCCUCGGCGUCUCCCGCACCAUCAACUGCAGCUACCUCCGCCCGGCCCCCAACGGCGAAGAGUGCCUCAUCGAGUGCGAGAUUGUCCAGAUUGGCCGGACGCUGUGCCAGCUCAGGGGCACCCUCACGAGGCGGAGCGACGGAGUGGUGCUGGCUACGUGCGAGCAUCACAAAUUCAAUACCGAUCCGCCCGCGAGCAAGUUGUGA